UCAUUCUCUGUGCUGUCAUAAAGUUUAUCAUCUCAAAUGAAUUUAGCUUUGUACAAGCAAAUAUGAUUGCACAUAUGAAUGGUUUGAUAUAGAUAAUUUUAAAAGACGUAAACAACACUGAAACAGGAAGUGCUUCAGGGCAAGUGUUGUUGACAUUUUACGAACUUGUCAAAACUGUUGGUGCUUCUGACUAGGACAGUUUGCUGUGUUGAAUCACUUAACCUUUGAGCCAUGGCGAAGUCAUCAAUGUCCUCAGAGGAUGCAUCACAAAAUCAGCAUUCAGAAUGUUCACCAAACAACGCUUUAGCAGACAAAAGCACAAAACUGAAGAAACCAGAAAACUGGACCAAAGAGGAUGUCCGUAAUUGGCUCAUGGAUGUAAUCAAAGUCCCACAACAAUAUGCAGAUAUACUUUACAAGGAGGACGUUUAUGGAGCUGCUCUUAUUUUGUUUGAUAAGAAAGACUUUCUAGAUGCUGGUUUAAAGCAUGGACCUGCAGUUCAAAUCCUUAAAAACAUGUCUCAGUAUAAAACAUCCUUAGAUGCAGCCGAAAUACCUACUGAUGGAUCAAAUGACCUUGACAUAACACCAAAACUCAGCAUUCCUGAAAUUCAGGAUGAUAUUUCAAGUGUCCAGCAACGGUCAUUGCCCUUAGAGGAAACACAAAAUGAAGGGAAGACCUUGCAUGAUACCUCAAGAUUUCAAGAAGAACAGGAUGACAUCAACUAUAAAGCAGGAGGGACAAGUAGGGGUGUAACUGAGACAAAAGAAAAUCUGACUACCUUCACAUCAGACACGAGGAAAAAUAAAAUAGAAGAUUGGACCAAAGAGGAUGUCCGUCAUUGGCUCAUGGAUGUAAUCAAAGUCCCUCAGCAAUAUGCUGAAAUACUUUACAAUGAGGAUGUUUAUGGAGCUGCCCUUAUUUUGUUUGAAAAAAAAGACUUUCUAGCUUUUUUAAAGCAUGGACCUGCCGUACAAAUCCUAAAAAACAUGCUUCAGUGUAAAACAUCUUUUGAUGUUUUAAACAACAGUGACAAACCUACAGGCACAGCUUCAUUAGGAAGAACUACCAAUGGAUCUGAUGGCCCUAAGAUAAAUCCAGAACUCAGCAUUCAAGAAAAUAACGAUGGUAUUACAAGUGUCCAGCAAUGGUCACUGCCCACAGACAACACACCAAAAUUUGCAGUUGAUGAAGGGAAGUUCUUGCAUGAUACCCCAAGCUUUCAAGAGGAGAAAGACAAAGAAGAAAGUGGAGUAAGAUGUACACAAUCAACUAAGUUACCCCUGCCACACUCCACAAACCAAGAGAACUCACUGAACAGUUUAAAGGGUGCUUUGAUUCGUUUGUGUACGCCCCGGCCUUUCGAUGAAAGCUGCCCUACCUUUGAAUACACACAAAAUGAAAUCCUUCCUCCUGAGACUGGCCCAAGCAAUCUUAUUGAACCUGUGCAUGAAUACAAACUCAUGGCAAACACAGAGAAUGCUUCAGAAGAGGAUAUCCUCAGGAAAUUCACAGAUGAAGUGUUCUGGUUUGCUGCAGGGAGUUUGAAUUCUCGAACAAAUGGAACUAUCCAUUUUGGAGUUGGGGACGAGCCACUUUACACACAUGGACAAAUCAUUGGAAUAUCGGUGACAUCACUGAAUAAAUAUAUAGAUGCAUUUUAUAAGCAUCUCAAAGUGCACUUUACAAAUCGUGUAAUUAGAGAAAUUGUAAUGAGAUGCAUUAGGCCUCCUAAAUUCUUUCAGGUAAAAUGUCCAGACAACAUUGAUGUGGACAAAUGGGUCAUUGAGGUGGAUGUUGUCCCAAUGUAUGAUUUAACUGGGGAGAAAUUGUUUUACACAACAACAGACAAGAAGAGGAGAAAGACAAAAUGCCUUUUUAUUCGUGAUGGUGCGAGAACCACCAAUUACACUCCAGAUAAAGGUCAUAGAAAGGAAAAGCAUACCGAGAAGAAUUUGGAAAAUUAUGUGAAAUCAUGGGCUUUAUCUAGAAAGCUAGCAGAAGAGAGAUACAGUAAGGUACACGCACGGCUAAUGGGGGAUGAACAUGGAGGGAAUCCAGAACCCCUCCCUGGCUCUGGUCACUUAUCAGGAUCCACCGCCUCUGCCUUGGUCCCACCUUGAAUCCAUCCAUCCAUCUCUGCUCUGUUUCUUAUAUUUUUGGUUUUCUGUAAAUUUAGUUCUUAUUUACUGUAAAGUUCUUAUUUAAUGUAAUUUACUCCUCCCUGAUUCCUUAGUUACAGAUGAUUAUUUUAACCUGUUUCUAGUUCAGCCCCCCCUCAUCUUCUGGGUAUUUAUAACCUUUGUUUAGUCCUAGUGCCUGUUUCAGAAAGGAGGUUUAGUGAAAACUCUGAACGUGUAAACCCUGAAAUCAGGGUUUCACAAUGUGUGGUGUCAAACCAGAGAAUGCUGGUUAAAUCAAACCUGUUUCUGAAAGAGAGCUAACAUCUACUCAAGAGUCAGUAACCAUAGUAACUUACUCUGAACCUAACCUGGUCGGGAGCAGGUUUUCUUUGGUAAACCCAGAGUUUCUUCCAACUUCUCCCCCUUUUUAAUGCACAAGUGAAUUAAAACAUUGAUCACAGAGAGACCAACUCAGUGGCAAAAAUGUAAUAUGUUUUUUUCAUGGAUCCUGUAUGUGAAGAGGCUGCAUUAAUUCAUAGGAGUUUACUUUUAUUUUAGAAGAGCAAUUUAGGAUUCGAAAGGAAUUUUGUCAUUUCCCUGUGCAUUUUUAAUUAAAACGGAACCAUUUUUCUUCACAGUCAAUUGGAUUUAUCAAAAUAUAUCUCGUCCAUUCUUACAUCAAUAACAUCAUGUAUUACAUCAUAGCAUAUUCUUUCCCUUACAUGUUCUCACACAUGGAAGUCCAUGAAUAUAGAAAUGAAUAAAUACAGACAUAAAUGCAGAAAUUAAGCGAUCAGGGUAGAUAACAAUUGAUUUAGAUGUGCAGCUAUUCCUACCCAAAUCUGCUCUGAGCAGGUUUCGAACCGAUGAUCAGUCCGACUUCAACAUCAAAGUCUAACACCCAAGUGUCCUAUACACUAGGUUGUCUCACAUUCAGCACUAGAGCACGCAUGGGGAGUGAGAACAUGAGAUUUGUAUUAUUAUUUCUGUUUUAUUUCUGUUGUUUCAUUUAUUUACUGAUUUAAGUAGUAUUAUGUGUUUGUGUUGAAAUUAAAUUACAGAAC